CCUUUUACCACCAAGUUUCUCUACUCAUUGGAUAAGCAUGGGAAAUCUCCGUCAAAUGUUUGGUUCCCUGUCAGCAUUAUCGAUUACAACAGAAGAGCAUGGUUACACAAUUGACACUCCAAAAACUAUAUUCUCUCCUCCAGUCAAACAAUUGCUUGAUGAACCAAAGCGCAUCGCCACCAUACAUACUCGAUUUGAAAGACUUAGUAGUAUUAUAUGUCUCAAUGAUGAAGAAUUUUGGACUUGCGGAGAUGAUAAAUUCAUAAAACUUUACAACCGUAAAGGUAAACUACUCAAAUCAAUUAAAGCCAAGUCAGGGAAUCAUCCAAUAGAUAUUGCAGUAACUAGAAGAAGAAAUCUGAUCUAUAUUGAUUAUGAAUCUGUAUACGAAGUGAGGGAUGAAAAGAUUCAUGAAAUUAUUAAAAUAAAUUGGAAAUGGGAAUUGUUUGAUUCCUGGGACCUUAACUCUGUCUGCAGUACCUCCUCUGAUGACCUUCUGGUUAUCUUGCACAAUGGUUAUCGUAAACAAACAAAAGUUGUUCUUUUCUCAGACUAUAAGGAAAAACAAACAAUUCAGUUUGAUAGUGAGGGCCAACCUCUCUAUUCAUCGGAUUACAGCAGUAGAAACGUUUGCGAGAACAGGAACCUGGAUAUCUGUGUGGCUGACGGUGGAGCCAAUGCAGUAAUUGUGGUUAAUCAGGCAGGGAAACUCAGAUUUAGAUACACUGGUACUACUUCCGCCACAAACAGAUCAUUUUAUGUUUACGGCAUCACAUCAGACAGCCAUAGUCAUAUUCUGAUAGCAGACUAUAACAACCACUGUAUUCACAUUCUAGAUCAAGACGGACAGCUCCUCUGUUGCAUUUAUAACCAUGACCUAUAUCGUCCCUGGGCUUUAUGCCUUGACGCCAGAGACAACCUUUAUAUAAAUGAGCGUUACAGCGGUAUAAUAAGGAAAAUCAGAUACAUGUAGCGCUGUAAAUAUACUCUCUUAAGAACGUCUUUUUUAUUUGAACAUUUUAUCUAUGUAUAUUCAUUUGUAUAUUCAUAUCAUAAUCAUAAUUAAGUUUUUAAUAAUCAUCUGAACAGUAAAUGAUUGAUUGAUUGUAUGUUGCUUAACAUCGUUUUUGAGAAUCUUUCACUCAUAUGGAGACGCCACCACUUGCCGGUUAAGAGCUACAAAUUUCGUCCUAUACUUGGCGCCCAGGGCCAUUGAGUAAUGAGGGAUCUUUUUCGUGCCAGCAUCUACUGCGACACUGGAAUUUGGUCCAUAGGUCUCAUCCGAAGAUCCAAUCUCCACAUCCCACAGUAGGAUUCGAACCUGUGACGUUAGGAACGACUCUAUACUUCGCAAUUCUAAAGCAGACGUUCUUUCCACUGUGCUACGCAGGUCACUCUGUAGGUAAAAUGGGCAUUUAACUAAAAUAAAAUUUCAUAAAAAGCAA